AUGUCUAAUUGGAGUUCCGAUCAAGAAGUUGAUGAAAUUGUAGAGGAGGUAGUUGAUAGUAUAGUGGAGGAGAUCCAAUACAACUACACUCACCCGGAAAUACCACCAACUCCAAUAAUCCGAAGAGUGCACAUUAAUAGAGACCGCGAAGAAGGCCACACUCGGUUGUGGAAUGAUUAUUUUAGUGAGAAUCCGACUUACACUAACGCGAUACAAAGGCGAGAUGCUACUGGAAGGCUCGGUCUUUCUGCACUUCAAAAAUGUACACCAGCUAUUCGUAUGAUGGCGUACGGAUGUUUGGUAGAUGCGGUGGAUGAAUAUUUACGACUCGCUGAAACAACCGCCCACAAAUGUCUUCUACAUUUUGUUGAGGGAGUUAUAAAUCUGUUUGGCGACGAGUAUCUCAAAAGACCUACAGCGGAAGACCUCCAACGAUUACUGAAUAUUGGAGAACAUCGCGGUUUUCCUGAAAUGGUAGGGAGCAUAGAUUGUAUGCAUUGGGAGUGGAAGAAUUGUCCCACUGCAUGGAAAGGACAAUAUUCACGUGGAUCUGGUUCGUUAAAUGAUAUCAAUGUCUUGGACCGUUCCCCGGUGUUUGAUGAUAUCCUAGAGGGCCGAGCUCCGAGAGUUACAUACGUUGUCAAUGGACGGCAAUACAAUAUGGUGUACUACCUCACUGACGGUAUCUAUCCCAAAUGGGCAACUUUCAUCCAAUCCAUUACACUUCCACGUGGUCGAAAAGCAAAACUCUUUGCUGAAUGGCAAGAAGGAUGUCGUAAAGAUGUAGAGCGUGCGACCAAUGACAAAGUGUUAUGGGAAGAGGCCAAGUCUUUCUACUCAGCUGCACUAGAUCCUUUGCCUGUGGAGGUUCGUGACCCUUCUCCUUGGUGUCAGGGAGGAUAUCACGGUGUUAAUGGGAGCACGAAGUCAACGACGGAGCCCUUCUCCCCUACAUUCGGAGCUUCAGACCUUGAUUUGGGCGAUGGAAUCCCUGCUGGCGAGGGAUGUCGAUUGUCAACGUUUUGA